AUGAGCGACUCCCAACCCAGCGAGUUGACCCAACAGACUAACAGCGGUCUUCCUGCGCUUGUGAGGUCACCGCCAUCGAAUUCCUCUGUGCCUAACUCGGCAGAACUACCACUAGAAGAGAAGCGGGGGGAAGCAAAUAUCGACAGUUCGUCUGGUGAGAGUGACACCGCAGAACCCAAAGUACCCAAGGUCCCCGCCAAGAACAUAAAACCUAAACCCCCACCCCUUGACAGCAGGUCCCUAAAUGUCAAUCUCUCAUCGAACCAGCAAGGCCAAGUGUACAGGCGCUCGCAAACACAUUCGUCUCUCCAGGCCGCGCGACUUGCUCUCCAAAUCAAGGAAUUACAACUCCAGCAAGCAGCGGUUUUGGGGCCGAGGUCUAAUGGUGAUGGUACACUCACUGUCCCCUUUUCGGCUCCUCGCACACCCACCUCUCCCACCCAACCCCCUCGUUUCCCCCUUCCGCCUAUUCCUCCCAUGACGCCGCUGACGGCGAAUCAGAUAACGAAUGCCGAGCCACUACACGCUGACUAUCAGCCUCUCCAACUCCGAUGA